AUGUCCGGAGCCUUCACCAUGCCGCACGCCCUCACGGGCGGGGCGGGUUACAAGGCCAAUCCCACGUACGACGAGUUCCUGCGCAAGCACAGCGGGUUUUACCGACGUCACAGUGCUGCCUCCAACGCCAUGGAGAGUGACCGACGGGCCUCCCAAGCUGCGCUUGACGACCACGCUGCCGCCGCUGCCAAGGCAGUUGAGAACGUUGCCGCCGAUAAGUCACACCGCCGGGGGAGUGUCACCGUCGCGGAAGGCGGCGCCGCAACAGCGAACUCGCGGAAGGGCAGUGUUGCUGUCGCUAGCGACGUUACCCGAAAGGACAGUAUCUUCGGACUCGAGGCUACAGGCGGCCGGAGAAUGUCGGAGCAACGCAGGCCAAGUACCUCUCUUGCUAGUGAUUUGUAUCAUAAGAUCAAGGGAGAUCACAAGUGA